ACACACUAGGCCGGCAGCCCGAUAACAAAGUUUUGGGUGUUUGUUUUGAUCAGUAAUUUCAGUUGCGGGAGAAGGGAUGAACUCGGUGGAAGGUUUAGUGACCCAAAUCCAGGGGCUAUCAAGCACCGCCUCCGAUGUUUUAUCGCUCCAAAAUGUGCUUAAACAAGCUUACGACUCGCUCCAUGCCGAGUCCACUCGGUUGUUGCCUUUUCUAGAUCAACUCGACCCUUCCAAACACACUCUCGGUUACCUCUAUUUCCUAGAGGCAUGCACUGCUGGUCCAGUUACAACAGAAUCAGCUAGGUCAUUCGUGCUAAUCAUUGCCAUAUUUAUCAGUUCAUGUGAUGCUGAGCAAAUACGCUUGGCGCCGGAUAAGUUUAUAUCUGUUUGCAAGAGGCUCAAGGAUCAAGUUCUGUUGCUUGAGGAGCCCUUGCGUGCAGUGGCUCCGAUGCUGGCUGCUAUUCGGAAGCUUCAGCCUUCGACUGAAAAUUUGACUUCUUUACAUCCGGAGUUUCUGUUGCUCUGUUUGUUGGCAAAGUGCUAUAAAACCGGUCUUUCCAUCUUAGAGGAAGAUAUUUUCGAGGUUGAUGAGCCGAGGAAUCUUUAUCUCUAUUGCUAUUAUGGGGGAAUGAUAUGCAUUGGAAAAAAGUGUUUUCGGAAAGCAUUGGAGCUUCUACACAAUGUUGUGACUGCUCCUAUUUCUACCAUCAAUGCCAUAGCUGUUGAAGCUUACAAAAAAUAUAUAUUGGUCUCUCUUAUUCACCAUGGACAGCUUUCUACCAGUCUUCCAAAGUAUGCUUCCACUGCUGCUCAGAGAACCUGGAAUUUCUGUCAGCCAUAUAUCGAACUGGGGAAUAUUUAUAGCAAUGGGAAAAUCGCAGACUUAGAGACACAUGUACAAGCUCACAUGGAGAAAUUUGGAAGUGACAACAAUCUAGGUUUGGUGAAGCAGGUUGUCUCAUCCAUAUACAAGCGAAAUAUCCAGAGGUUGACCCAGACAUAUUUAACGCUCUCACUUCAGGACAUAUCUAACACUGUGCAACUGAAUAGCCCCAAGGAAGCUGAAAUGCAUGUUCUUCAAAUGAUCCAAGAUGGUGAGAUAUAUGCUACGAUCAACCAGAAGGAUGGGAUGGUUAGAUUCCUAGAGGAUCCUGAACAAUAUAAGACCUGUGAAAUGAUAGAGCAUAUUGACUCAUCAAUCCAAAGGUUAAUGACCCUAUCAAAGAAGCUGACUGUUUUGGAUGAACUCAUGUCAUGUGAUCCGAUGAAUCUAGUAAAAGCUGGGAGAGAGCGACAUAGGUUCGACUUCGAUGACUUUGACAGUGUUCCUCAGAGGUUUAAUAUAUGAGCGGUAAAUAACAACUACAAAGAUGCCGGACAUACAAAUAUGUUGUCAAUUAACUCCGAGUUGUUAAAGGCGGUGGCAAAUUUUCUUAUUUUCUUAAGUAGUUUCUAUCACCUAAUCUAAGGAAUGUGUUUUGCUCUUACAAGAGAGAUUAUUCAACAAUGUGAUGGAAGACUAGCUUUUGCACGUUUCCUGAAUAGAAUGAGUUGAUUUCAGAGUAGCUACCUCUUGCCUUUCUGUUUUCUCUCAAUUUUUCUUCCAAUUGAAGAUGAAACU